AUGGUAGUCAUAUGAUCGACUCCUGACUCCGAUCGGUUUCUGUGAAAGACAGAGCUGUGUGCAACUGGGCGAGUCUCUUUCUGACAGAUCCGCGACUUCUCCACUAAGGUAGCUACGUAUCUAGUACAAUGAAAGGGUGUUUGUUCAAUAUUGAUGGUGGCUAUUUGGAAGGCCUUUGCCGUGGAUUUAAGUGCGGUAUCCUGCAGCAAAGUGAUUAUCUCAAUCUCGUUCAAUGCGAGACUCUUGAGGAUUUGAAGCUUCAUCUGGCUGGAACUGACUAUGGCAGUUUUUUGGCUAAUGAGCCAUCACCUCUGUCAGUUAGCACUAUCGAUGACAAGUUGAGAGAAAAACUUGUCGUUGAGUUUCAACAUAUGCGCAACCAUUCGGUUGAGCCACUCUCUCAAUUUUUAGAUUUCAUUACAUACAGUUAUAUGAUUGACAAUAUCAUACUUCUCAUUACUGGAACAUUGCAUCAACGUCCCAUUUCAGAGUUAAUCCCAAAGUGCCAUCCACUUGGUAGCUUUGAGCAAAUGGAAGCUAUCCAUGUUGCUGCUACACCUGCUGAAUUGUAUAAUGCUGUUUUGGUUGAUACACCUCUUGCCCCCUUCUUUGUUGAUUGUAUUUCCGAGCAAGAUUUGGAUGAAAUGAAUAUUGAAAUCAUUAGGAAUACUCUGUAUAAAGCCUAUUUGGAAGCUUUUUACAAGUUUUGUAAAGAAAUUGGUGGAACUACUGCUGAUACUAUGUGCGAAAUUUUGGCAUUUGAAGCUGAUAGACGAGCGAUCAUCAUUACAAUCAAUUCAUUCGGUACUGAGUUAGGAAAAGAUGAUAGGGCAAAGCUCUAUCCUCGUUGUGGUCGUCUUAAUCCUGAUGGUUUGGCUGCUCUAGCCCGGGCUGAUGACUAUGAACAAGUUAAAACUGUUGCUGAGUAUUAUGCAGAGUAUGCUGCCUUGUUUGAUGGAGCUGGAAAUAAUCCAGGAGAUAAGACUCUGGAGGACAAAUUUUUCGAACGAGAGGUUCGUUUAAAUGUUAAUGCCUUCCUCCAACAAUUCCAUUAUGGAGUUUUCUACAGUUAUCUGAAGUUAAAAGAACAAGAGUGCCGUAACAUCGUAUGGAUAGCUGAAUGUGUAGCUCAAAAACAUCGCGCUAAAAUCGACAAUUACAUACCAAUAUUCUAAAUUUUAAUCUUGUUGAGUUUACUUUGCUGUAAUUUGAAAUCACAUGAACAUAUGUAAAGGCUCAUAAUAUUAUUGACAACUACCAACAAAAUAUUUUUGUGGAGUUUAGUUAUUCUAAAUUGUUACCAUCAAUCAACAGAAUCAUUGAAAAGCAGAAGUAAACAUGUAAAUAGUUUUAUUUUCAAUGUCAAAUGUAUCACGAGAAGUAUUAUCUAUCUUUUAAUUGUUAAUAUGUUAUGUACAUGGUAUAAAUUACAAAAAUGUACUAUUAUUUUAUUCAGUAAAUCGUUAAUUGCAUUCCACGUCAUUGUCAUGGUGAUGAAAAUUGAAUGUACAUUUCUGUAGCCUCCAAUGUA